AUCAAACUAUCUCAUUCACAUACUUUGAUAUGUGAUCUCAGAACAUUGAUGUCAUAUUGACAGAUAUGCUUUUACAUUAACUUAAAUGUCCUAUUGCAGAAUUAUAUUUUGAAUAUACCGUAUUUUAUAAUUUACCAAGAUUUUUAUAAAAGAAACCUACCGAAGUUUGUCGAAGAUGUACUUCUUUUUCAACAAAAAUAAACCUCCUGCCAGCAUUCACUGCACAUGCGGAGAAACUAAACGAAUUUACAAAUCUGAAAGAAAACCUAUGAAGUUUCCUUAUACUUUUACUGCAAAGCUAGUCCAGUUUCCUUUCAGACAUUAUGUUAAACACAACUGGAUAUGGCGAUAUUACAUUUUUGGACUAGCCUUGUCCACGCCUGUUUUUUGGUACAUUAAUGGUUUGGCUAAUUCUCCUGAAAAUGUUGCCAAAUGGGCCGAAAUAAAAUGCAAAGAACAACAAGAAUGGGAGAGCAAAUUUGAAUAGACCUUUAAUAUUUAUAUUUAAGUAUUAUUUUAAUAAUGUAAUUUUAUUAUACGAAAAUAAAAAUAUUUUUAUC